CACCGCAAACACGAUGCCAAGGAAAUCAUACUCAGUCUCAGGCUCUACUGGUGGCAACUUGAGGAGAUCAUUUGCACCAAGCAGCUACUCUGUACAAAGAACCAGUUAUGGUGCUGGUGCUGGAUCAGGUUUUGGUAUGUCUUCAAGUAGUUCUGGUAGUUAUGGCUUUAGUUCUAGCCAAGCAGGAGGCUGCUAUGUCUCUCCACCGAUCACAGCUGUCCAAGUCAACCAGAGCCUGCUGGCCCCCCUGAACCUGGAUAUUGACCCCACAAUCCAGGCUGUCCGCACUCAGGAGAAGGAGCAGAUCAAGACCCUCAACAACCGGUUUGCCUCCUUCAUCGACAAGGUCCGUUUCCUGGAGCAGCAGAACAAGAUGCUGGAGACCAAAUGGAGCCUCCUGCAGGACCAGACCACCACCCGCUCCAAUAUUGAUGGCAUGUUCGAGGCCUACAUUGCCAACCUGCGCAGACAGCUCGACGGGCUGGGCAAUGAAAAGGUCAAGAUGGAGGGAGAGAUGAGGAACAUGCAGGGCCUGGUUGAGGACUUCAAGAUGAAGUAUGAAGAUGAAAUCAACAAACGUGCAGCUGCAGAGAACGAGUUUGUGCUCCUGAAAAAGGACGUUGAUGCUGCCUACAUGAACAAGGUGGAGCUGGAAGCCAAGGCUGAUGCUCUUCAGGAUGAGAUCAACUUCCUCAGGGCUGUCUAUGAGGCUGAGCUUCGUGAGCUGCAGGGCCAGAUCAAGGACACAUCCGUCGUCGUGGAGAUGGACAACAGUCGUAGCCUGGACAUGGAUUCUAUUGUGGCUGAAGUGCGUGCUCAGUAUGAGGACAUUGCCAACCGCAGCAAGGCUGAAGCAGAGACCUGGUACAAACAGAAGUUUGAGGAGAUGCAGAGCUCUGCCGGACAGUAUGGUGAUGACCUGCGCACAACCAAGUCUGAGAUUUCUGAGCUGAACCGCAUGAUCGCCCGUCUUCAGAAUGAGAUUGAGGCUGUCAAGGGACAGAGGGCCAGCCUUGAGUCUCAGAUCUCAGAGGCUGAGGAGCGUGGUGAGCUGGCAGUGAAAGAUGCCAAGCUCCGUAUCAGAGACCUGGAGGAUGCUCUGCAGAGAGCCAAGCAGGACAUGGCCCGCCAGGUGCGCGAAUACCAGGAGCUGAUGAACGUCAAGCUGGCCCUGGACAUUGAAAUCGCCACCUACAGGAAACUGCUGGAAGGAGAGGAGAGCAGACUGGUCAGCGGAGGCGCAAACGCAACCAUCCACGUGCAGUCGAGCUCCGGAGGAUUGUCCAGCUCCAACCCCGGAUUCGGCCAUGGUGGCAGCUACAGUGGUGGCAGCUACAGUGGUGGCAGCUACACCGGUGGCAGCUCGUCUGGUGGUUAUGGCACUACUAUUAAGAAGUCAACAGUCUCAAGUACCAGGAGAGCCUAUUAGAAACAAGAGUCGUCCCUCUUCCCCUUCAGAAACUCAUAAAUUUGACCGAAAUCUGUACCCAUUCAUGGUGCUUUGCAAUGUUGCUAACAAUGUUUAUCAAGACAGCUAAAUCUAUUGUGAUCACUGGUGGUUUUUCUUACUCUGUUCUGUUUAACAUAAUUCAUCAAGAGCAUCUUAAGGUAGACAUGGCCAUGGAUACUUGUUGUACUGUAGUGUAGUGAUGAACAGCUCUUUUUGCUGUUCCUCCAAAUGGUUCCAUGAUUAGGUUUGCAUUUCCUUGCCUUCAAGAUAAAACUAUGUUGUAACCAGAUUUAUUUUGUAAAAGCCUUCCUACCAACGUGACUGAUGAAUGUUGCUGCAAAUGACAUCA